AUGUUAACAACAAUUUGGACUUGCGAUACAUUUUUUGUAAUUUUACUCCUUCAUUUAUACAUCGACGUUAAAGUUCUACGAGAUCUCUUUGCAACAAAUGUAGCUCGUUCUUUAAGAAAUAGUGAUUUACCCAGAGAUUACAGUUUAUUGUACGACAAAUUAAAUCCGGAAUUGGAAAAUAGAAUUAAUCUUGAUAUGAAAGAAUUAACAAAGUCGUUACAAAGAUUAUUAAGAAUUUCAAGCGACAUUGAAAGUAUUUUUCAACACAUCGUUUUUGUACAACUUGAAGCUUAUAGCGCGGCGUUUUUCGUUCAACUCCAAGUUUAUUUUGCUUUGGCGACCCAACUCUCGAUUUACUGCAUUUUUGCUCAAAAUACAUCUAUGGCUUUUUCAGAGAUACCGUUUGCUAUUUACCAAAAUGAAUGGUUUUCGGUGAGUAAAUCAUUGAAAAGUAUGAUGAUUAUAAAUAUAUUACGAAUGAACAAUCCAGUUGUUUUCACCGCUUCGAAAUUUGUUGAAUUAUCUUUACCACUUUUAGUUAAGUGCAGCGGUGCGAUAGCUCAAAUUAGUGCGGAAAAGACGAUUAAAACAGAACGUAUACGGGAGAUGACUGAUAAACGAAGUUCGAUAGACGAAACGGAUGAAAACGUAAAAAUGGACGGUGGUAAAGACACAAUUUGA